AUGGAGAGAGGAGGAGACAAGGAGAGAGGAGGAGACAAGGAGAGAGGAGAGGAGACAAGGAGAGAGGAGAGGAGAGCAGACAAGGAGAGAGGAGAGGAGACAAGGAGAGGGGAGAGGAGACAAGGAGAGAGGAGAGGAGACAAGGAGAGAGGAGAGGAGACAAGGAGAGAGGAGAGGAGACAAGGAGAAAGGAGAGUUCUGAGAGUUUCUCCCAUCGAGGUUUCUCCCAUCGAGGUUUCUCCCAUCGAAGUUUCUCCCAUCGAGGUUUCUCCCAUCGAGGUUUCUCCCAUCAAGGUUUCUCCCAUCGAGGUUUCUCCCAUCAAGGUUUCUCCCAUCGAGGUUUCUCCCAUCGAGGUUUCUCCCAUCAAGCCAAUCACAGCUGCCUUCUCACUGAACCCUCUGUUUCAGCCAAUCACAGCUGCCUUCUCACUGAACCCUCUGUUUCAGCCAAUCACAGCUGCCUUCUCACUGAACCCUCUGUUUCAGCCAAUCACAGCCUGCCUCCUCACUGAACCCUCUCCAAUCACAGCCUGCCUUCUCACCCAACCCUCUCCGUCCUCCAUGUGGAUGUGGGCCUUAGAGUCUAACACCUCCUCUCACCUCCUCUCACCUCCUCUGUCCUCCUCUCACCUCCUCUGUCCUCCUCUCACCUCCUCUCACCUCCUCUCGUCCUCCUCUCACCUCCUCUCACCUCCUCUGUCCUCCUCUCACCUCCUCUCACCUCCUCUGUCCUCCUCUCACCUCCUCUCUCCUCCUCUGUCUUCCUCUCACCUCCUCUCUCCACUGUUCUCCUCUCUCCUCCUCUGUCUUCCUCUCACCCUCUCUCUCCUCCUCUCUCCUCCUCUGUCUUCCUCUGUCUUCCUCUGUCCUCCUCUGUCCUCCUCUCCCCUCCUCUGUCCUCCUCUGUCCUCCUCUCUCCUCCUCUCACCUCCUCUCUCCUCCUCUCUCCUCCUCUGUCCUCCUCUGUCCUCCUCUCUCCUCCUCUCACCCUCUCUCUCCUCCUCUCACCUCCUCUCUCCUCUGUCCUCCUCUCUCCUCCUCUGUCUUCCUCUCACCCUCUCUCUCCUCCUUUCUCCUCCUCUGUCUUCCUCUGUCUUCCUCUCUCCUCCUCUGUCCUCCUCUGUCCUCCUCUCUCCUCCUCUCACCCUCUCUCUCCUCCUCUCUCCUCAUCUCUCAUCCUCUGUCCUCCUCUCUCCUCCUCUCUCCUCCUCUGUCUUCCUCUGUCCUCCUCUCUCCUCCUCUCUCCUCCUCUGUCCUCCUCUUUGCUCCUCUCUCCUCCUCUUUUACCCACAGCACACACACAUUCCCCUCAUUCUUUUGUCAUUCCGUCCUCUGACAGUAUUGAACGUGACCCUGCGUGUGUUUGUCUGA